AUGGUCCCCACAUUCCUGCUGCUGCUGUGGCUCCAGGGUGGCUUCUCAGGUCCCCCGGUCCGGAACACGUACACCCGAGUGCAGCACCUGGAGGGGGAGACGCUGUCUGUGCAGUGCCAUUACAAGAACCGGAAGCACCGCAUGGACGGCAAGGUUUGGUGCCGAAUCAGGAGGAACCGAUGUGAGCCUGGGUUCACCCGCGUCUGGGCACAGCAGCCUCAUUACCUGCUGGAGGACGAUGCUCAGGCCAAGGUGGUCACCAUCACCAUGGCAGCGCUCAGGCGCCAGGACUCGGGCCGGUACUGGUGCAUGCGGAACAGUUCCCAGAUCCUCUACCCCUUGAUGGGCAUCCAGCUGGAGGUGUCUCCAGCGCCCACCACGGAGAGACACGUUCCUCUGACCCGGCUGCCCAAAGUCCUGCAGAGUGCGGUGGUUUUGACAAAGGACCGAGCCUCCACCUCCGCCAUGACCCUGCUCACACCUGGACUUCUCACCCUGGCCAGACCCUUACCCUCCACCACCCCACGGACCACUGGAUGGACCCCUGUGGCAGGCCACAGCUUCCCUGACACCGGCCCUACCACCAGGGCACACAGGAGGCACACGGAGUCUCGGAGAGUGACCCCCUCUCCCAACAGUGCCCAGGGCCCCUCGGCCGGCCCAACACCCAUCUCCACCACGUCUGGCCCACCACGCACCAGCUCCCCCACCACCACGGGAACCCUCCUCAACAAGUUACCUCCCAUCAGAAGAGGACCCAUGGCCUGGGAAGACACCCGCUGGGUGCUCCUGGUGCUCCUGGCUUCAGCCUCCUGGGCACAGGACCCAGCACUGGUGUUCCUGGAGAGACGGGCAGGGGAGACCAUCUCUGUGACAUGCCCCUACUGGACCAGGGAUGAUCGGGCCAAGAAUAAAAUCUGGUGCAAGAACUUGUCAGAAAACCUCUGCAACCCACUAGUGAGAUCCUGGUUCCAGGAGCGCCAGUCUCGGUUCUCCAUCCUGGAUGGCCGGCCGUCUGGCUAUUUCACCGUCAGCAUGACUGGGCUCCGGACAGCAGACUCGGGAUUCUACUACUGUGGGAUCAUUAGGAACCAACGUGUCCAUAUUAUCAGAAACUUCCAUCUGAAGGUCUAUCAAGGUGAGAACGAAUCCCACCACAUCUGUGAUAACGUCUCGGUCCAAAAGGAGAUGUCUGUGGGUUUGGACCGGCAGAUGGGGUCCAAGGAAGACACUGGGGACAUAUGCUAUGCUUCUCUUAUUCACCUAAACCACUUGGGCACAGAGGAUACCAUCUACGCCAACACCCACCCCACCUGGAGGUGCCCUCCCGACCCCUUUCUGUUUGUGGAAUAUGCCAGCGUCACUGGAAACAAGCCUCCGCCUCCCAAGCCAGCUGUCCCGGAGGGCAAUCUUGGGAACUGA